AUGACAUCAAGAAGAGGAGCACCAUCAUCAUCAUCAACAGUUUCAAAAGACAAAUAUACAAUUAUUUUACCAACUUAUAAUGAAAAGGAAAAUCUCCCAAUCAUUACUUGGUUAAUUAAUUCAGAAUUAGAAAAAAAUUUUGUCGAUUACGAAAUUAUUAUUGUUGAAGAUAAUUCACCUGAUGGAACAUUAGAAAUUGCUAAACAACUUCAAAAGAUUUAUGGUGAAAAUAAAAUACAAAUUAUUUCUAGACCUGGUAAGAUGGGUUUAGGUACAGCAUAUAUGGAUGGUAUUAAGAAAGCAAACGGUAAUUGGAUUAUUUUAAUGGACGCAGAUCUUUCACAUCACCCAAAAUUCAUUCCACAAUUUAUUGAACAACAAAAGAAACACAAUUAUGAUAUUGUAACAGGUACCCGUUAUCAAUUUGGUGGUGGUGUUUACGGUUGGAACUUCAAUCGUAAAUUAACAUCACGUGUUGCCAAUUAUAUUGCAUCCGUAUUAUUAACACCAGGUGUAUCUGAUUUAACUGGUUCAUUCCGUCUCUAUAGAAAAGAAGUUUUAGAAAAGCUCAUUUCCGUUAACAAAUCAAAAGGCUAUGUAUUCCAAAUCGAAAUGAUGGUCAGAGCAAAUCAAUACAAUUACACAAUUGGUGAAGUACCAAUCACAUUUGUCGAUAGAAUUUUUGGUGUUAGUAAUUUGGAUUCUGGUGAAAUUGUUGGUUAUCUUAAAAGUGUAUUAAAUUUAUUUUUAACCAUUUAA